CCGGACCGACCCGGGACGACUCCGGACCGACCCGGGACGACUCCCGCCCGGACUGACUCCGUACGACCCAGACCCCGGCCCCGGACACGCCCCGAGCGAUCCCGACCCGGGACUACCCCGGCCGGGGCGCGCCUCCUGCGGGCGAGCGGGCGGGCAGGCGGCGGGGCCGGGGCGCCCUUGGCGGGGGCAUGCGCGUGGCAUGGCCUCGGCGGUGUUUGAGGGCACGUCGCUCGUGAACAUGUUCGUGCGCGGCUGCUGGGUGAACGGCAUCCGCAGGCUCAUCGUCAGCCGGCGCGGCGACGAGGAGGAGUUCUUCGAGAUCCGCACGGAGUGGUCGGACCGCAGCGUGCUCUACCUGCACCGCAGCCUCGCCGACCUGGGCCGCCUCUGGCAGCGCCUGCGCGACGCCUUCCCCGAGGACCGGCCCGAGCUGGCGCGGGGGCCGCUGCGGCAAGGACUGGUUGCCAUAAAGGAAGCCCACGACAUAGAGACCAGGCUCAAUGAGGUGGAGAAGCUGCUGAAGACGAUCAUAAGCAUGCCUUGUAAAUAUUCUAGAUCAGAAGUUGUACUCACCUUCUUUGAAAGAUCUCCUCUGGAUCAGGUGUUAAAAAAUGAUAAUGUACAUAAAAUUCAACCCAGCUUUCAAAGUCCAGUCAAAAUAUCAGAAAUCAUGAGGUCCAAUGGAUUUUGUUUAGCAAAUACCGAAACAAUAGUAAUUGACCACAGUAUACCAAACGGAAGAGACCAGCACCUGGGCGUGGACCCGACAGAGCACUUAUUUGAGAACGGCAGUGAGUUUCCUUCAGAGCUGGAGGACGGGGAUGACCCGGCAGCUUACGUCACCAACCUGUCGUAUUACCACCUGGUCCCCUUCGAGACAGACAUUUUGGACUGAGCCUCUCCAUCGGGCCUCCCCCGCCUCAGCCCUUCACUGCCAGUUCUGGUGCUGUCCACUGUACUGGCCGCCAUGGCCACCACUGCUGCCCCAGCCCUGGACCUCCCAGAGGACCCAGGCCCCACUGACGCUAGGAGACCGGGGUAUCCUGCAAGUGGAGCAGCGGGGGCUCCUAGUGGUCCAGGCUGACCGCGGAAUCUCCAGCAAUCUGAGCCCACGGUGCAGAGGCCACAAGGCCUUUGUUCUGAGGGUCUUCGCUCCCCGCUUGGUGCUGGCCGGGCUGCGCUUCAGGGCUGGGACAGCUCCUGUGAGCUCGCUCUCACUGUGACUGCGUCCUAGGAGCUGCAUCCACAGUGGCCCAGUCCCCCCGGCCACCCUGGCUCCCCACUGUUCCCUCCCACGGCAAACACAUAAAACAUCUUGAGGGAGAUUUUGACAAGUCACCCGUUCCAGAUGCCACAGGCAGGGGAUGUUUAGUAAUCCAGGAUUUCUCUGAGAACUGGGAGGUAUGGCUUUUUGUUGUUGUUGCUUUUGACCUUUUAUCUGGAAACUGGGUUUGGGUCAACCCAAGAGUGUUUGCAGAAGGCCCAGCAUGGUGGGGUAUUGGCUGCAGGGCGGGGAAGGCAUUUUGACCAGACGCCCUUGUGAGCUUGAACUGAGCGAGCCUUGGUGGUUCUUCCCAGAAGAAAGGAAUUGCUUCCCGGCCUGCCAGGUCUCCCGGCCUUCAGCACGGGUCCCGGUGCUGCAGCCACAACACCCUGGUGCGCUCAUUGACAGAGUUGCCAUCGUGAACCUGAAAGGACGGGAAUGGAGGGAAGCCGGGCUCCUUGCCCACGGGAGAGGAUCCCCGUGCUUCCAGCGUCUCUGCUCGCAGUGUCUACUAACGACCGACAUUUGCUCAUGUAAAUAAUAGUAAAUUAUUGAGAAUUCUAAUUCUUUUACACAAUCUGUUUUUAAUCUAUUUUAAUUAAAUAAAAUCUGUGCUCUACUUUGGUCUGUC